UAGGGGUAUAAUUCCAAUAUUACCCUCCAUUUCAUCUCAAAACUACACAUCGGCAAAUUCGUCAGUCUCAAACCCCACCGUCGCCAGCUAAAGCUCUACUAACAUUCGACUGUCCGUACAGAUUCCGGCGAAAAUGGAUUUCGAUAAACCCUCAGCUCAAAUAAAGGAAAAAGACUUGUUCAAAGCAGCUGAAUCUGGCGACUCAUCGCUCUUCGAAUCACUUACCGAAGAACAGCUCCUUAAAGCCCUCUCUCUCCGUAAUGAAGAUGCCCGUUCUCUCCUUCACGUUGCCGUCUCUUCUGCCCACGCCCAGGUGGUGAAGAUUCUUGGGGCUGCUGAUCCCUCAGCGAGUGGUAUAAAUAGUGGUGAUGAAGAAGGUUGGGUGCCAUUGCACUCUGCAGCAAGCAGUGGUAAUGUGGAAAUUGUGGAGAUUCUGCUCAGCAGAGGUGCUGAUGUUAAUCUGAAAAAUGAUGGUGGCCGCACUGCUCUUCACUAUGCUGCUAGCAAGGGUCGAGUGAAAAUAGCUGAACUUUUGAUUUCACAUGGUGCUAAGAUCAAUGCGAAAGAUAAGGUAGGAUGCACCCCAUUGCAUCGUGCAGCUAGCACUGGGAACUCUGAGCUGUGUGAACUAUUAAUUGAGGAAGGCGCUGAAAUUGAUGAAGUUGACAAGGCAGGCGAAACGCCCUUGAUGACUGCUGUUGUAUGCGGCAAUAAAGAGGUAGCUAUGCUCCUCAUAAGACACGGAGCAAAUGUCGAUGCUGAGGACAAGGAAGGUUACACUGUGCUUGGUCGAGCUUCUAAUGAUCUUCGCCCUGCACUGGUUGAUGCUGCAAAGACAAUGCUUGAAGGAUGAACUCCACGACUUCAUCGCCUAUCAGAAAAUUCAAGCCGACUCUGUAAAGCAUUAUGAAUACGUAAAGCAGAUUGUUUGCAAGCAGGUCAUGGUUCUUUUUUUAGUUGCAUGGGAAGAAAUCUAAAUGUUGUUCUGCCUUUAUAGUAUUGCUUUCUACUAACUUAAACAUAUAUGUUCACAACAACAAGCAACAUACCCGGUGUAAUCCCACAAUUGUUGUUGAUAUUUACUAUUGUCCUUUCAGAAAGUUUGAACAAGUGAUACUAGGUGCAAAAUGGAUUCCUUGCUGUUCUAUGUUCCCUCCAACCUCUGUACUCUGUAGUGUACAUUAGUUUCUUGAUUUUUCUUCUGUCAGAAUUACCUCAAUGGCUUAAUUGAUUUCCUUGGCUCCC